GUAUGUGGGUCCGUUGCGCUGGAUUCAGCGGAAGUUGUGGUGGGGUCGCGCAGGUUUGGCUAUAAAAGUUUGCAGUCCAGACAGGGAGCACUCAGACUGAGACUGAAAGGAACUCGGCGUGAGAGCAGCCUGCAGGAGAGAUGGCACAAGCACUGGAGGUGGCUAGCACAGAUCUGCAGUUUCAGGUGAAUAACACGGCUCACAAUACGGCCGAUUUCGGUUUCAAGAAACUGAUUCUCAGACGGGGCAGUCGCUUUACUAUCAUUGUGAACUUCACCUCGCGGGGGUACAAGCCACAAAGUGACCAGAUCUCCUUCAUCGUGGAGACAGUUUUGGAGUCUUUGGGGGCAUCCGAUAAAGUUGAGUUUCAACUUUCAAGUUCAUUGUCUUCAAACUCGUGGAACGCUGUCCCAGAAAAAAAUGUCGGAAGCCAGCUAACCUUGUCCAUGUGUUCACCGCCCACCAGUAAGAUCGGACGCUUCUCCCUGAAGAUGGUGUGCACGACACAGGGUCAUUCCAGACAGUUUCAACUGGGAGAAUUCAUCCUCCUCUUCAACCCCUGGUGCUCAGAUGACUCUGUCUUCCUGCCUUCUGAAGAUCAGUGCAAGGAAUAUGUGCUGAAUGAUCUGGGGCUGAUAUUUCUGGGAUCGAGUAAAUACAUUGAAUCAAGAGGCUGGAAUUUUGGACAGUUUGAAGAUCGUAUUUUGGAUAUUUGCCUGAAAGUCUUGGACAACAGCAACCAGUGCCUGGAAAACCCAAAGGAAGACUGCUCCAAACGAGGUGAUCCCACUUACGUCAGUAGGAUCGUGUCUGCGAUGGUGAAUUCCAAUGAUGAUAAGGGAAUACUGGUGGGUAAUUGGGGUAGUAGCUUUUCAGAUGGAGUAUCUCCAACAUCAUGGAACGGAAGUGUUUCGAUCCUUCGCCGAUGGAAUGAUUCAGGGUUUAAUGCUGUCCGCUACGGCCAAUGUUGGGUGUUUGCUGCUGUGGCUGUCACAGUUUUAAGAAGUUUAGGAAUUCCAACUCGGCACAUCACGAAUUUCAACUCAGCACAUGAUAAGGAGCAAGAUUUAAGAAUUGACAGCUUUAGUGAUGUGAGGGGAAGAACUCUGAACAUAACAAAGGAUAGCAUCUGGAACUUCCAUUGCUGGGUGGAGUGUUGGAUGAAGCGUCCUGAUCUGAAGCAAGGCUUUGAAGGUUGGCAAGUCCUGGACCCCACUCCACAGGAGCGGAGUGAUGGGAUCUUCUGCUGUGGUCCUUCCUCGCUGAAAGCUAUUAAGAAUGGAGACGUUGAUCUGAAGUUUGAUACCCCGUUUGUCUUUGCCGAAGUCAAUGCAGACGUCGUGUCAUGGCUGGUCAAUGCCGACGGCACAAAGAGAAAGAUUGGCAUUAACUCUAAUCUGAUUGGUCAGUAUAUCAGCACAAAGGCUGUGGGACGUGAUGAGCGUGAAGAUGUUACACACAAUUACAAGUAUCCAGAAGGUUCUGAGGAAGAAAGGAAUGUUUACAGGAAAGCAAACAUGACGGCCAACAUGCCCCGCGAGGAGAACGAACCAUUCACUAUAAAAAUGAAUGCCAAGAGGUCCUGUAUGAACGGGAGUGAUUUUGAAGCCUCUGUGGUUGUCACAAAUGGAUCCUCAGUGAAGAAGGACUGCAGGCUCUUGUUCUGCGCCCAGACCACUACAUACAAUGGGAGACCACAUGGAGAAUGUGGUUGGAAGGAUCUGGACCACUUCAUAAUUGAACCUCAAGAAGCAAAGACUGAGAGAUUUCAGGUGCGUUACGCAGACUACAACAAGUCCCUAGUAGAUCACAACCAGAUAUGCGUCACAGCCCUUGUGAUUGAAUACGACUCUAACGAAGUACUGGUUGCCAAAAAGGUGAUCACAAUACAGAAUCCAGAACUGCAAAUUAAGAUCAUUGGAGAGCCAGUGCAGUACCGGGAACUGGUGGCAGAAAUUUCUUUGACCAACCCGUUGCCAAAUGAUCUGUGUAAUGGUAUUUUCCUGGUCGAGGGAGCAGGCCUCACCGAUGAACAGAGACUUCCGUGCCCGGUUCAGACCAUUAAGCCACACCAGGAGGUGAAGUUAAGGGCUAAAUUCUCCCCUCAUAAAGCAGGCCAGCGGAAACUGCUUGCACAGUUCAACUGUGACAGGCUGAGUAAUGUGAAGGGGUGCAAAAACGUCAUCAUUAUACCCCAUCAGUAACAUCCUGGCACUCGGAUUGAAAGGAGUGAUGCGUCUGACACUGUGCCUUUAAAAAUAAGCAGAAGUGUUGUCUCCUUAGAAAAAUACUGCAAUAAAGGAUGAUCUUUGAAUGAUAAAAUUAACCACUGCUGUGCCGUCGUGUUCCAGCUUUCUUCUGAUCUGAAGAAGGAACAAGACUUGAUGCUUUUGGUGUAGUGAUUUGUGGGGUGAUGGGGUGCGGAGCGAGAAGGAAACCCAAUAAAACCUCAGAACACCUGUUAAGUGCUUUUUCUCCCAAGGUCAGCUCCCUUUUGGUCAGCUGUGACUUCCUGUCAGAUAGAAAGACCUGCCACACAAGGACCCCAAGAAAAGGCAAAAUCUUGUUGGGAAGUGAGAGAGACUGCAGCAAGGGCGGGUUGAGCUGUGGUCAAGUAGUGCAGUGGAGAAAUCCACAGAAUGGGGUCAGAUCUGACAUUGUAUUUCCAUCAUUUUAUUUGGAAUUCCCAGUAUCUGCAGUUGUUUCAUUUUAUGGUCAGGAGAGUUUUGUAGAACGUACACACAAGAGUUAUGCAGAGCACUUGAGCUUUCUCAUUCACAUGGCGUUUCCAUCUUCCCCAUUUAUCAUGUCCACAUAAUCUUCUGUUUUUUGCUUAUCUCUGCUUUGAUGCCUUUAAACAAAGCCAAAGGAUAUUGUGAGCUGUUUGCCUUUAUCUCGGGAAGGAUGAAUGUGGUCUGGGAGUGAGAAUGGAAUUUUUGUUCUUUUGAUAGUGUGUGGAAUGCGUUUCUGCUCACCCUAAGCCAUAAACUGAGCUUGAUUGCAGCCCAGUAAUAUUCACCUGCCUUCUGACCAAAGAUGUCAAACCUGUGGUCUCUGUACCUUUGUCCUCUGUUUCCCCCUUUGUAUUCCAUUUAACACAUAACUCAUGGAGAGGAUGAAGUCCCAGACUUCAUUGUCUACCACUGCCCUGAGUGUAUGGAUCUUUUUGCACAUGAGGCAACAGUUACUGAUCAACAUCUCUUCAAAUUAUCACUUAAAAAGUUAGAACAAUCAAGGACAGGGUCAAGGCAAUUCAUAGCACUAAUACCAAUUUAGGAAUGCUAACACUGAACCAAUUGUUCAGAAUUAAAUCAGUAGCAAUCAUCUUACUUUAGCAAAGCAGACUCAAUGGGUCAAAUGGCCUAAUUUUGCUCCCAUGUCUUAUGGAAUUUCAUUCCAAGUCUAAUCCAUUGACCUGAUCAUAAAGUGAAAUUUGGCACAUUAGUUCAAUGCAAAAAAAAAACUGGGGCACUAUUUGGAAAUGUUGUCAUUAAACCUUGGUCAUUUCUUACGUUUUUGUUUAUAGAACAGUAGUGCAUUCAACGAAUGCUGCGGUUCUUCACUUUAUAUCAGUCACUGUUCAUUUGGGCUGUGAAGUGUGUUAGGGUGUCCUGAGUUUGUAGAAGUUGAGGUACAAGUACAAAUCCCUUCUUUAAAUCAGUUUCAGAAACUGCCUGAUAUCCACCUUGGCAAUGUUAAUUAAGGACAAGAAUUAUGUUUCUAUAUGUGUUAAUGGAAAUAGCAAUUUCUAUAUCUGAUGUAAAUCUAAGUUUUAACUUGGCAAAGUCUUUGUAAGCCAUUCUGUUUAUUAGAUGUUCUUCUGUCUUCUUUAACAUAAACAUUUUAUAAAACAUCAUAAUGAAGUUUCGCUAAUUUUGCAAUCAAUAAAGUCUCUUACAAAGAG